AUGGUAAACAAACAAUACAACGUGCACAACCCGAAGCUGCACAAAUCGAAAGUUGGCCCGGGUGUUGGAGGCGGUGGUGGUGGUGGUGCAGGUAGUGUUGGCGGAAGCGGAAACAGUUCGCCGUCACCGCUGCGCAGCUGCUACAACAUAAUUUCCACGCGUCCUGACGCCGGCACUACCGACGAGGAUGGGGCGUCCAUCGGGAGCAACAGCAACAACGUCUCGGAACCGUCGGUAGGCGGCGGUAGGUCGGCUGGCGGUGGGUUGCAUCGGCAGCUACCUCCUCCGCCGCCUCCCCCAACCCACCGGCACCGGGGUGGACAUCAGCAGCCAGCUCAACCGCCACCGCAGCAACAACAGAACAAUCUCGACGAGGAUGAUCUGUACGGGCGCAACAUUCAGUUCUACAGCGAGGGCAACCUGGUCGUCGUCGACGGGGCCGUCGACGUGAUCGGAGAGAAUGGGCACGCCGGGUCACGGUUCCACCACGGACUCGGCGCAGCAAAGGAGCUUUCUAUCAGCGACAUUGGCCGAUUUCAGUACAUUCUCCAGAUGGAUCGCGAAGUGGGCACACCGUACAGUGGCUACACAGACUCCGCUAACACGCUGCCCUCGUCGCCAACUCCAACCUCCCUCGACAGCAGCCACAACCACCGACAAGGCUUCAACUUCUGGAAGGCCGGCUCACAGAUGCCCCUGUCCGCCACAUCGUCCAGCAGUUCCUUCUUCCGGCCGAGCCAGCGGUGCCCGCUGUACAGAGCGCUGAAAGUUAUCUGGCGCUACGUCAAGUGGCCACUGGGGCUACUGCUGAUCUGCGGACUUCUCGGGCUGGUGGUCUACUUCCUCGUUGUUGACAGGGACAUCAUGAGCAGCGGGCUGCUCGGUGAGGAUGGCUACGAGGUGGACGAGAACCUGUCGAUCGACUUCAACGACUUCACCAACGCGAACGAUCUGCACCUGGGCGAUCGUCACUACGGUGGCGUGCCGAAAGAGCGACCUAAAGACGUGGAGGGCCCGGGGCGCACCGCAGACAACAAAUUUUCCCUCGGGCUGGACAACGAUCUGUUGGCCGUGUUCGGGCACGGCAAGAAAGCGACGACCUACGACCAGCCUCAGCCGUCGGCACAUCAACCCUCGAGCACGACUUGGGGGGGCUCGAGCGAGCGGGAACCGGAAAGUGCCAGCGAGGAACUGCCGGCCCAGGUCGUGAAGGUCACCGAUGCACCGAUCCGCAAGACCAGCACCAUCUCGCUGAAGGACUACACGAAGGCGCGGGUCGUCUUCGACGACGACGACUUCCUCGAUGCGGACGAUGGGCAGGCGCGCCAACAGGAGCAACAGCAGAAUGGGCGCGUACCAACGGAAGGGACCACGCGGGUGUACGAAAGGACCUCCGCCGCCGCCGCCAGCAAUACGGAGGCCGAGCCGGUGCCGCCGGUUCUGCAGGUGGGACCCCGUGUAGGUGUAGGUCGGGGGACGGAGGUGCGGGGCUUCACCUCCGGCCACCAGAACAGUUUUGGCGUACCGAUCGAGGAGGACGAGCGUCUGUUGCGCAAGCUGAACCAACAGCUGAUGCAACUCGAACAGCUCAGAGAACGUCAAAAGAACGUAACCAGCCCGUCGGCCACGACGGAUGCGAGUCUCUACCGUACGAAGGUGUCGCCAACGCUGCCAAUUCUGUCCCGUUUCGAAAUCACCACCGAGGGGCUGAAGCGUUUCAACAUUUCCGAAGAAGGAAUUUGUCAGUCCACGUCACUGCCACUGUGCCGCGGGGUCCUGCCGUACGAUUUGACAGUAUCGAACAAUCACCAACUCACGCCGCUAGAGUACGAUCAUUUCCAGUAUCUGAUCAACUCCAAGUGUUCCAUCCGAGUGGCGGAAUUCGUCUGCCUUGCACUGGAGCCCGAAUGUCGUCCGACGCGCAUGGGAACGCUAACACCGUGCAAACGCAUCUGUAAAUCUAUCUUGGAGCCCUGUGCCCACAUCAUUGCCAGCUCGGAAGCCCUGACGGCGACCUUUGAUUGUGACAGCUAUCCAGAUUCGGACGAUCGAAAUGUUUGCGAAGACCCAACGCGACUCGGCAAGUGCUACGCCAACGAGUUCCGGUGCGCUGAUUCGAGCUGCAUCCCGCUGCAGUGGAAGUGCGAUAACAUCAAGGACUGCCAGGGUGGCGAGGACGAGACGGACUGCAAGCAGUGCGAGCGGGACGAGUAUCGGUGUAUGUCGAACGACAAGUGCAUCCCGGACAAGUGGCGCUGCGAUCAGUACGAAGACUGUCCGGACGCCUCGGACGAGGUGGAAUGCUACUAUGACGAACCGACCACGUACCCGUCGGCCUACGGUAGCCAGCGGGAGUAUCCAUUCGUGCAAGUACAAGUCCCCAACAGUCCGAACGGUCGGCCGUACAUCACCAUCACCAAUGAGGAUCGCGCCCAAACUGAGUCCGAUCAUGAUCAGCCCACCGCAGACGACGCCGAGGACAAUUAUGAACCGACCGCGGCCGAAAAUGCACCCCAAGCGAAUCGACACCAGAAUCGUAGUGUGGCGGUGACGAGUGAGGCUCAGCGCGCCACUACGCAGCGGGUCGAGGAUCAAACGGAAGCAGAAACAAGUCGCACGAUUUCCAUUCCAAAGUCGCUCGUAAACUUCCAGGACAGCAAGGAGAUCAUGAUGACGUCGGACUCGGAGAAUGAUUUCAAGAUCAGCAGCACCAGCCGGGACUUCCUCACAACCGCACACCUGUCGCCGUGUCCCGAGGGUGAACUGCGUUGCGUCAGUGGCAUCUGUAUAUCCGUGAGCCAGCUGUGCGAUAAGGUUGCGGAUUGCUCGGAUGGAGCGGAUGAAGCCGGAUGCAGUUACAAGGAAUGAGAGCGGAAGCGAAGCACGCUUGAAGGACAUGCGAGGGUGGGAUAGUGAUUUACUGUUGCUGCGGUAUUUACAUUGUUGACUCGUCUUAGAAGUGGAUUUAAGCAUCGAAACUCGAAUCUCAACCUUUCGCUCUAGGCCAAGGAUCGCUGCUGCUGCUGCUGCCGCUAAUCCUUAGCUGCUUCAUCAUGAUGGUUCGUCAUCGUCAACUUCAACGUAUUUGUAUCCCGUCAUUUGCGUCCACCAUUGGCUGUUGCAUUCGAACAUACCCUGUUACCAUCAAGGCUGCCUCAUAAGCCUUCGAUUGCUAUCGUUAGAAUCAUAGUUAUACGCUAGGGAUGUUAAAAGAAUUUUCAUCAGAUCACACGACAACUACUUGCGCUUUGUACAUAGGAAGCACUAAACACAAACACACACAUUUCAU